AUGCCCAAGCUUGGAAACGGCAAUAUCAGCAUGAGCUUCCAGUCAUCGUCAGACGAAUGGUACGGCAAACCCCAAGGCUGGCAGAUCAACGCAACAAAAGCCAGGGACGGGUACGACAUCGCUGGCACCUGGACUGGGACAUUGCCCGACAACAACUAUCUCGACUUCCCCGGUGUCCCUGGCGAUAAUUGUUGGGAUAGCAGGCCAAUCUGGCUGGGACAGUACGGUUAUUUUGACGAGCACAAAUGGGUCCUCGUUGGGCACGGGUCUCCUAGGGCGGCGAAUUUGAGUGUCAUUAUGACCGAGGUCGACGACGACGAAGUGUGGCACAUAUACACAAACUUCACUGGCUCGGCUGGACCUAAGGGUCCGAAGUUGGUGACCCCAGGGGAUGCGCCUACGACUGAUGCUCAUGCUUGA